CAUUUGGUCGCACGUGAAAUUAGAUGUUCUGUCAUUCAAAUCAAAAUAACAAAAAGCAACACAUAACACAAGUAAAAUAAUAUUUAAUCAUUUUUACAAUAAAAAAAAAUAAAAUGAAGAAAAGAAAAUCUAAUGGACCAAUCGCACCAAAAUUAUCUGCAAAAGAAGUUGAAAAACCAGCCAAAAGUAUAGAAAAUCAAAAUAACACUGACGAAAAUUCUAGCAACGAAGAACCUGAAACCGCCAAAGCUGGAAACUGUUCAAUAGACAAUGUGGAUGAAGAAGAACCUAGUGACAUCGAAAUGGAACAACUUUCCAAACCAAAAAAGAAGAGAAAAAAGGGAAUAAUCUUCGUAUCGAAUAUACCCAAGCACAUGAAUGUUACACGCAUUCGAGAAAUUCUAGGGGGCUAUGGAAAGAUUGGUCGAGUUUUCCUACAACCGGAAAAAAUGCCAACAACAGAGAAGCAGAAAAAACGCAAACGGUUAUCUCGUCACUUCACCGAAGGCUGGGUAGAGUUUGAAAGCAAACGAACUGCGAAGCAAAUUGUUGAGUUUCUCAAUAAUAAACAAAUAUCAACGAGAAAAAAAUCCCAGUUCUAUGAUUCAUUGUGGAGCAUGAAAUACCUGCCACGAUUCAAAUGGGUUCAUCUAACAGAACGUAUGAACUAUGAGCAAGCUGUGCACAAGCAACGAAUGAUGACAGAAGUUUCACAGGCCAGAAAGGAGACUUCAUUCUUCCAAAAUAAUCUAGAUCAAAGUGAAUUUAUUAAGAAAAAGAAUAAGAUGAAUAAUAAAAAAACAACAUAAUUGACUCAA